AUGUCUUUUAACAGGACAUCUACCCUGCAGUGGGCCGCAUUGGAAGCGGAUCCCUGCAACUACAUGCCUUACUUAUUUCAGAAGUUGAAAUGUCGCGAUGUGUGGAAUUCACUUGACAGGGACACCGCUUGGAAUGAGGAAAUCAGACCACAGGCUAGGAAGUCACCAGAGCGACUGACAAAUAAUGGCCGGUACAAGGGAGUGAUCGGUGCAUUCGGUCUUCUCACUCUGAUCGUUUGCUGUCUCAGACUCUAUCUUCGAGGGUUCAUCACGCAUGCAUUCGGCCUGGAUGACUGUCUUGUUCUUCUUGCCUUGUGCAUGGUCCUUGUGUUCGCAGCCCUCUCUAUCAUUCUCACAACGUAUGGAAUUGGCUACCAUCAGGAGACUGUUCCUACUGCAGAUAUGAUCAUGAUGGAGAAGUACGUCUAUAUCUUGUUCUGCCUAUAUCUCUGGGUGGCCUUGGCUGUCAAAUGUAGCCUUACUGUUUUCAUCUUGCGCGUUUUUCCGACCAAAUGGAUCCGGCGGAUUGGACUGGGAAUCAUGGUGCUCAUGGCCAUCGUCACCGUUUCGGGGGAAUUACCCUUGAUCUUCCAGUGCUGGCCAGUGCAGGCAGCGUGGGACUCGACCGUCCCAAACUCGAAGUGCUUUUCAAAUGCCGUGUUAGAGGACCUCCAGCUGUAUCAGGCAAUACUGAUGUUAUUAUUCGAUGUGAGCAUCAUCACUCUUCCAAUGCCAACGAUCUGGAAGCUCCAAAUGCCUGUUCAGCGCCGUCUAUUCAUUAUUGGAUUAUUUUGUCUUGGAUUCGUGGCCUGCAGUGCCGGUCUGGCACGCAUUCCGCUAUUAGAUUUCCAAGUUAAUUCGACCGACUAUACAUACGUCGGCGCGGUUCCACUCAUAUUGAUGAAUGUCGAAUAUGCGCUCGGCCUAAUUACCGGCUCUUUACCUUCGCUGCGGGUUCUGCUUAGAAACAUUCCGGGACUGAACAGCAGCAGAAAGAGCACCGAUCCGGGCCGAGAUUGGAGAAAUGGCCCUGAUCAUAGCGGAUAUCAUCUCAGCGAACGGAGUCAUUGGGCUCAUAAAUCUAAAAGGAAGGGUAAAGUCGAUCUUGAAAGUUGCGAUAACGAAAGUCAGCAGCAGAUUAUCGUAACCACAACAGUAGAACAGGGAUAG